AUGCUUCUUGGCCCUAGAGGAACUCCAGUACGUGUCCGCGUUAUGUUCGAUCAGGGUUCUGAAGUUUCAUCUAUUACUGAGGCAAUGGCGCAAUUACUCGGACUUGCCAAGUGCCGUGAAAGGAUUGCCCUCACUGGCAUUGGUGUAUCAAGAGCUGGCACAGUGCGCGCCACUACUCAAGUAUCAUUACAAUCAUAUAGUGACACUUCAUUUCAUCUGGAAAUUCAAGCUCUGAUUCUGUCACGUCUUCCAUCACAACUUCCUUCCAGGAAACCCACGGAUUUUAAUCCUGCUCUGUUUGGAGAUAUUAAGUUAGCAGAUCCUCAUUGGCUAGAACCAGACUCAAUUGAUAUAAUUCUAGGGGUCGAUGUCAAUGGCCAAGUCUUGUGCUCAGGAUUACGCCGGUUUCCACCAAAACAAUCAAUAGCUCAAGAUACUGUGUUUGGCGGGGUCAUUUCAGGAUCACUGUACUCGGACGCUCCAAGGCGGGCGGCGCCCACGUUUUCAAUAACACUUAAAGCCAUGCAUUGCAUCUUAGACGAUGGCUUACAAGAAAUGCUUCAACGCUUUUGGGCUAUGGAAGAGGUGACCCCUCCUAUAAAGAAACUAAAAUCAGAGGAUGAAGCCUUUGAUCAACUUUAUUUAGAUAAGCAUUCUCGAAACGGUGAGGGACCGUAUACAGUUCACUUCCCUUUAAAGACACAACCUCCACCUUAUUCUAUCGAAACACUGCGGGUAGCCUUAAGCUCACUCUUAAAUAUUCAUCGUCGUUUCUUCAGGGAUCCUCAGCUGGCUUAG